AUGAUCUCCACUCUUAAGAGCUUGGGGAACAAGGUGCAGUGGCCUAGCAAAAUGAGGUCCCCAGCUGACCGUCGGGACUCAUCGAAGUGGUGCGAUUUCCACCAAGACCAUGGCCACACCACUCGGGAUUGUCGAGGUUUACACGAUGAAGUUAUCGAGUUGUUGAACCGUGGGCACCUCAAAGACGUGUUGACCGCAAAGGGUAAAGAAACCAUGGCCAGAAGGAUUGAUCGAGAGCUGACACCACCGACUCACCCGAAGCCAAAAGGGUCAGUCGGAGUCAUUAUCGGUGGUUCUGAGAUCAGCGGCAUAUCGCAUUCAGCUGCAAAGAGAAAUGCCCGGAAGGCUGUGAAUCCAAUCCUACGAUCCACCGAACUUGUCGUACCACCGUCCGGACAAAUGAUAAGUUUUAUUGAUGAUGAAGCCACGCAAUUACUCAAUCCACAUCACGACGCUUUGGUAAUAUCUAUUCUUGUUGCUAAUUACACUAUUAAACGUGUCUUGGUUGACAAUGGCAGCUCGACGAAUGUCCUAUUCCUAGGUUGUCUCAAGGCAAUGGAAAUCGAUGAAUCCCAUAUCAUUGGCCGGUCAACAAUACUCCUUGGGUUCAGCGGGGAGCAGGUAUACAGUCUGGGGGAGAUCGCUCUGCCGGUUUAUACCGAAGGAAUAAAUCUCAACACUAACUUCGUAGUGUUAAAAGGCUCUUCGCCGUAUAACAUCAUACUCGGUCGACCAUGGAUCCACGAGAUGAAAGCAAUCCCUUCGACGUACCAUCAACUGAUACGUUUCCCUACGAAAUGGGGAGUCAAAGAGAUUAGGGGAGAACAACUUGCUUCACGGAACUGUUACACCAGUGCCUUGAAAGGGAAAACAAAUGACUUAUAG